AGCACCUAAUGAAAUACCAGGCCGGAAGAUGCAGCUUAUGAACGAAGCCUAAAAUAUUUAUAUGUAGCCCAGAGAACAGAAAACCUUUAUGAAGAACUCCUAGGAGACCCAGACACUUUCUGGAGAUAUUGGACUGAUAUAGCAGUGGUGGUGUGGUCAGAACAGGACAGUCACCUUAGUUCUACAUGACCUACUGUGCUAGACCUCAGUAAACAAAGAAAACCAGGCGUAUCCUGAAGUAAAAGAACUUAAAGAACUUGGGAUGGAUCAGAGGUUCUUCACACAUUUACUGCUGGUGAUACUUGGUCUUAAAAGUGUCACCAUCGCUCAACAAGAUCAGAUUCAAUGUGUGAAAGAAGAUAACCCUCUUAAAGAUGAAAAAGCAUGCCCCAACAACUGGAUCUGCCCAUCAAAUGAAACCUGUGGCAACAGCACCAUGUGCCGCUGCAGAAAAGGAUACCUCCAGUGUUUAAAACAAGGUGUUGUCCAUUGUGCAGAUAUAAAUGAAUGUGCUAAGAACUAUACAUGUGGGAAUGGAGCAAAAUGUAAGAACACCAUUGGGAGCUUCUACUGUGAAUGUGACACGAACCUCCAGGGGAAUGCCACUCAAUUCUGCCCAAAUCAAACUAAUGAGAAUUACUGUGAAGAUGUUAAAAAGGAGCUGUCCUUGACCUGUCUUGUUGGGACUCUACCUCCAAAUACAACAAACUGUAAUAAUCGGAUCUGCCCAGAAGGUCAGCAGUAUAAUGCUUCAUUUCCCUGUGUCCCUGGGUAUAAAGAAGAACUAGGAGAGUGUGUAGAUAUACACGAGUGCAUUACUGGCAUCCAUGUCUGUGGAUAUAAUGCUUUUUGUAAAAACAUGAGGGGUAGUUAUCACUGUACUUGUAGUGCAGGCUACCAGAAAGGAAAUCAAACCGACUUCUGCCCUUCCAAAGAUAUAACGCAGAAUGAGUGUACAGAUAUAGAUGAAUGCACAGAUGUUCCUGGUAUCUGUGGUUCUAACUUAAUCUGCAACAACACACUGGGCUCAUAUCAUUGUAUUUGUGACAUCGGGUUCACAUACAUUUCCGACACAUGUGAAGAUGCACAAUUUCAGAACCCUCAGAGCUCUAGCAGAGGACAGCACCAGAAUACUGUCUGCUCUGUGCUGCGGGCCACAAUUGCCCAUUUAAAUGUUUCCUGUCAUUCCAAUGUAAAAUUAACCACCAAGGAAGCUGAGAAUCAACUUGAAAAUGGCACAAAAAUACUCAGUGACAUGCUCGAAGAGUACAAUACCUUGUCAACUCCUGACAGCCCAAAUAUUGGUAAAACUACUACAACCAUUCUAAAAAAUGUGGAGAUAUUUGUUAUGAAGUCUUUUAUUGAUGCACCGAGGAACCAAACCAUCAUCACACCUCAGCUCGCUAUCUCCAUGAAAGUUUCCAGUGGCCACUGCACCUCUGUUGGCUUGAUCUUUAGGCUGAUGUUGAAUGACAACCUUAUGGAAGUUCCAUGUGAUCAGUUAGAUCGAGAUACAGAUGGUGGUGUUUUUAUUGUCUACAAAGACCUUGAUUCCAGCUUAAAUGGUAAUAUACUCAAGUCCUCACAGAUCUCAGAAGAUGAUGAUGACAUGGCUAUAGUCAAUUCAAGGGUGGUCACUGGUGCCAUUACAAGAACUCUAACUUCACAAGUGACAUUCAAGCUUGCUCAUAUUCGGAGUCUCAAGAAUUUUCACAAUCCGGUGUGUGUUUUUUGGGACCCUAUAAAGAAUGGUUGGAGCACAGAUGGAUGUACCACCAAAUCUUCAGAAUCUAAUGAUACACACACGACCUGCUCCUGCAACCAUUUGUCCAGCUUUGCAGUAAUCAUGGCACCAUUAGGACUUGAGGACAUACAGGACAAUCAUGCCCUUACCAUUCUUUCUUAUUUUGGCCUAAUUGUAUCUGUUUUAUGCCUGGCGCUGACUCUUCUCACCUUUGUCCUUUGCCGCACUCUGAGGAGCGCUCACACAUCUGUCUUGACCGCUCUGUGCAGUUGUCUUUUCCUUGGCCAGGUUCUAUUUCUAGUGGGAAUUAAUCAAACAUGCAACAAGAUCCUGUGCUCAGUCAUUGCUGGUGGACUUCACUUCUUAUUCCUCAGUGCCUUCUGCUGGAUGUCGAUAGAGAGUGUAAUGUUGUUUAUGACUGUGCGGAACCUAAGAGCUGUGAAUUACAUGACUUCUCACCGGUCUAACUUCCCAACGAUGUCCUUGUUUGGGUUUGGGAUUCCCACUUUGAUUGUUGGGAUCUCUGCAGCCAUAGAGGCAGAUGGCUAUGGAACAAAUCAAUAUUGUUGGCUCAGACACAACUCUACAAUUUGGAGUUUCCUUGGCCCAGUCGCUCUGGUUAUCGUUAUGAACACUGCACUCUUGGUCUUCACAUUCAUACUCCUCAGGAGGAGGCUUGCCACCAUCAACACAAAUGUGUCCACCCUGAAAAACAGUAGGUCACUGACGUUCAAAGCCUUGGCUCAAUUCUUUAUUCUUGGCUGUACUUGGGGUUUUGGAUUCUUCCAAUUUAUAAAUGGUUCCUUGGUCAUCUCUUAUAUAUUCACCAUAUGUAACAGUCUACAGGGCGUCUACAUCUUUCUUGUACAUUGUGUGUUCAACUAUCAGGUGAGACAGGAGUACAAAAAACUGUCCUGCAAGGCUAGGAAACCUGGCAAGCUGUCAAUGGAUGACUCCACCCCUAACAAUGUCACUAAAUCAAUAACCUUAACUGAAAUUAGUAAACCUGUAUCCAGUGAAAAGACUACGGCUGAGGCAAAAAUAACCUGGACACAGGACUAGACCUCUAGAUACCAGCUAUAAAGCCGACGACACACAUCAGAGGUAUCAACCAUACCAUGGACAUUUAUAAGAACGAUCCCACCAGCAAAGUAAAUUGCACGAUCAUGGAGUUUGUACAAAUGGCAAAUGAUCGGCCAAAUUCAGUUGAACAUGCCAGACACCAAAUUUUCGAGCUGGAAUUUUCGGCUACAUUAAUGCGACAUGAAAAAUAAAGUCUGUUAAAAACGGCAAAACAGGACCACUAUGUGUUACCUUAUUACAGCUAGGGACCACUAUCAGGGACAUUAUACUGCAGCAGUUGGUAUUUUAUUUACUAAAAAAUCAAUCCAUUUUUAACGGCCAUGUAAAAUGAUUGCAAAACGACCAUUAAAAACGGACAAAUACCCAUAAAAUGGAUACAAAAAUGGUAGAAAAAUGGACACUGUGGCUGUUUUUUUGACCAUCGAGAAUAAUCGUUCACAUUAAAUUUUCAUACAGUGGUCGGUCAAAAUGGGUAAAAUUGUCCAUUUCAGACAACUUUUGUUCUAGGCUACUUUCACAUUAGCAUUUUUUGCGGAUCAGUCAUGGACCUGCAAAAACGCUUCCGUUACCAUAAUACAACCGCAUGCAUCUGU